UAUUCAUUGAAAGGUGUCAAGGGCUGUCAGUCGGCCAUUUCUGAAUAGAAAGACGGCUCGUGUGUGUUUCUUGGAUAGUAUUAUUUUCUGGAUUUUGCAGCAAUAGCUAUAAAGUUGUAUAAUAAAUGUUGCACGAUCAUUUAGCUCGUUCAGAGGACUAGUUGUAGAGCCAAAAUGACUCAGUUUCUACCGCCAAAUCUUUUGGCAUUGUUUGCUCCUCGGGAUCCUAUAGCAUAUUUGCCUCCAGUUACAAAGUUGCCCCAUGAGAAGAAAAACCGAGGAUACUUAGGCCUAGGCGCAUUUCUCGGAGGAUUUGAGGAUCCUAAAGAUACUCCUCCGCCGACGAAGGUUGAGACUAGAGAUGAACGACUUGAGCGUAGGCGACGAGAAAGAGCUGAGCAAGUGGCAUACAAAUUAGAGCAGCAGAUUGCCGUAUGGGACCCAACUACGGCUGGCAACAUAACAGGAGAUCCCUUUAAAACUCUGUUUGUUGCAAGAAUUAAUUACGACACUUCUGAAUCAAAACUGCGGAGGGAGUUUGAGGUUUAUGGACCAAUUAAGAAAAUUAUUCUGAUCCACAACAGCGCGAAUGGGAAACCAAGGGGGUAUGCUUUUAUUGAGUAUGAACAUGAACGAGAUAUGCAUUCUGCCUACAAACACGCCGACGGUAAGAAAAUCGACGGAAAACGAGUCUUAGUGGACGUCGAAAGAGCUAGAACUGUUAAAGGAUGGUUGCCACGAAGGCUCGGCGGAGGUUUGGGAGGAACCAGACGUGGUGGAGCAGAUGUAAACAUUAAGCAUUCUGGUCGUGAAGACAAUGAAAGAGAACGCGAGAGAUACCGACUGGAAAGGGAAAGAGAAGAACGAGGAGGAGGAGUGGUAGGCAGGGACCGGGAGAGAGACCGUGACAGAGGCUUUGAGAGACGACGCUCCCGUUCUAGGGAACGUAGGAGACGUAGCAGAUCCCGUUCACCCAGAAGGGAGAAAAGGCGCAGAAGUAAAGACAAGAUUAAGGACGAUGUUGACGAGUUUGAGACAAGACCCAGAGAAAAAGAUAGAGAAAGGGAUCGCGAUCGCGAUAGGAAAAGAAGGCGAUCUAAAUCAAGAGAUAAGGAUAAGGAGCAACGUAAACGGGAAAGAAGAGAGAGGCGCGACAGAGAAAAGGGCGAAAAACUGGAAUACAUCAAAACUGAUGAUGGUGGGGAAGUUAGGAUCAAAGAAGAACCUGCAGAUGAUUACGAUUACGGCUAUUCUACACAACCUUACGACCAAGCCAAUGUCAAAUUUGAAGAGGAUGAACAAAAGUACCAACCCGAUAAAGACCAUUCGAAUGGUGAUCGGACUUACGAAGAUUAUGAAGAAGGCGAAGCAUAUUAAUCGUACGUGCUUUUCCGUUAUAGCAAAACACAUAAUUUAGGUAAGGUCCCAGUUUGAGCACUGUAUUAAAUUUGAAAUUUAUAGACACUAAACUUAGGCUCUAAGGCGAAGUAUUGUUUUUAGUGCGAACUCGUUUAAGCUUAAAUGCAUUAACCUAAUGUAAUUUUUUAAUUGGUAUUCACUGCUAUUGAUCAUCGAUGUCAAAGCCUACAGGAGACAUUAAUAAAUUCGUCGACCGAACAAUAUGCUUA